UACACUGAUAUAUACAAAUUCAUUAAAGAAGGUUGAAAAAUUGUGUGAAACAGAUGAUUAGAGAAAUAAUAACAUAAAGCAAGAGACCUUUUGCUGUACCCUAAGGUGAUAAAAGGCACUUCCAACCAGAGGGAUCAACUAAAAAAGGGAAAGAUUGAGAUUACUGUUUAACAAUUAAAAAAUUUAUAAGGAAAACAUGGCUGUAGUGAUAGAAACUACCAUAGGAGAUUUUACAGUGGAUCUGUACACUGAGGAACGUCCUCAAACCACGCGGAAUUUUCUGAAGCUGUGCAAACUAAAAUACUACAACUGGAAUCUUUUCCAUUCGGUGCAAACCAACUUCAUCGCACAGACCGGUGAUCCAACUGGUACUGGAAAGGGCGGAGAGAGCGUAUACGGAAUUGUACUAGGCGAGAAGGCCCAUUACUAUGAGGCCGAACAGAUGCCAAAGAUCAAACAUAGCCGUGUAGGUUUGCUGUCCAUGGUGAAUUGUGGUAACAACAUGCUGGGCUCCCAGUUCUUCAUCACGCUGGGGUCAGAGCUGCAAUCCUUGGACAGUGAACAUUGCGUGUUCGGAGAGAUAACAGAAGGAUUAGAAGUGAUUCUCAAAUUUAACGAGACCAUCUGCGACGGAGAUCAAAGGCCGUAUCAGGACAUAAGGAUAUCUCAUACUGUCAUCUUGGAAGAUCCGUUUGACGAUCCUGUGGGAUUUGUAGUUCCAGACAGAAGUCCAGAACCUACAAAGGAAGCUCUAAUGAGCGAUAGAAUUGGAGCAGAUGAAGCAAUCGACGAUACCGGCGGCAUGACCACGGAAGAGAUCAUGGAAAUGCAGAAGAACAAGGAAGCGAAGGCGAGAGCCACGAUAUUAGAAAUUGUGGGUGAUAUACCGGACGCGGAUAUUGCCCCGCCGGAAAAUGUCUUGUUUGUCUGUAAAUUAAAUCCAGUCACGAAUGACGACGAUCUCGAAAUUAUCUUCAGUCGUUUCGGAAAAAUUGUUGGUUGUGAAGUUAUAAGAGAUCAUCAAACGGGCGACUCCCUGCAGUAUGCAUUCAUCGAAUUCGCCGAUCGUAAGAGCUGCGAGGAUGCAUAUUUCAAGAUGGACAACGUUCUGAUCGACGACCGAAGGAUACAUGUGGAUUUCUCGCAAUCAGUCGCGAAGAUGCGUUGGCGUGGCAAAGGAAAAGGUAUCCGGUAUUUCGACGAGGACGACAAGCCGAAGAAACGCGAGGACAAUUAUUCAUCCUCGAGGAAACCUGACGCAUCGCACGAUAAGAGUCAUGAUAACGGUAAAAAUAAAGAGGAAGGAAAAAGAAAGGAGAGCGAUAAAGAUCGUGGUUCCGAAUACAGAAAACACGAGCGCCGAAGAGAAGACAGAGAUAUCAGAGACAGAAGAAAGGAAGAUAGAUCGUAUGAUGACUAUCAUGAGAGAAAUAAGUACGAUAGCGAGCGAAAAGAUAGAAGAAGAAGGGAGGAACGACGAGAUAGGGAUAGAAGUGAUCAGAGGAGAGGUCACAGCGAAGAUAGAUCGGAAAGAAGAAGCAAGAAGGACGAAAACAGCGACCGAAGAAGAGAUCACAGCGAAGAGAGAUCGGAAAGGAGAGGUAAAAGAGACGAUGACAGGCAACGUCGGUAUCGUGAUAACGAGAGGAAAAGACCGGACGACGAUGAUGAUACGAGAUACAGAGACAGAUCGCACAAGCAUAAAAGAAAACGGUGAAAGAAAAUAAGACAUGAGAGGGCUAGAGAAGCAUUAAAGCUACGUAUUCACUAAAGCAGGCCUGUCCAAUUUGAGCUCCGGAGCCAAAACGCAAAUUUAUCGACGCAAAAAAAUUCAAUAUGAAUAAGAUUUCGGGGACUGUAUUGAUACGCAUCUAAGUGAUGCUUAUAAACACUUUACGGUUCUAAAAUCAAGAGACACGGUAGUGUCUCGCGCCAAGUGGGCGCGCAGCGCGAGACAUGCAUGUCUUUACGCGAGUUUUUACUAACAUUGAAUUUUUUUACGUUAAUGGCUUUGUGUUUUGGCACCGGAACUCAAAUUGCACUAAAGGAACAUAGAGUAGCAUUUGCAUUUCUAUUACCUGUUUCCGUGAAAGUUCCAAUAUGCUUCUCGAUGUUCCCCAUCGUCGCCAGGAACAGAAACAUGAGAUACCUAACUCUAUAUAGAAGCAGCAUUACAUCUCAUGAGUUUAUUUGGUGGAGACAAAUUGUUUCAGUUGUCAGCAACAAUAGGCAACAAAAAGUUCCUCAACGUUCCUUUAGUGGAGUUUAAGAUAUAUCUAUAAUAAGACCGUUCUUAUAUUUGAAAAAUAUAAAUGUUGUAAAUGCAGUUCCAAGAUGUGAUAUAAACUAUAAGUAACAAUAGAAAACAAGACCG